AUGGCUUGUGCUCGGUCAACCGCCGCCAUCGCCGCAGUGGUGGUGUUGGCACUCGCAGCCAGCGCCGUCGCCCGCCCCGUCCAGCAAGGCAAGUUUCCGCGCUCCCCCGCAUCAUCGCUCUCUCCCAUUUCCCCGUCCCCCAACACACGCUGGCCAAGUCGCAAGUCGACACGAACCAAGAAGGCUGCCCGGAGUGGAGUGGUGUCUGUGCAAGCCACUUUCGACUGCGACCCCAUCGACCCUGCGGCGUGCAUCCUGCCGUUCCCGAACAGCUUUUGGUUGCGCCCCGAUCCGACCACCUACUCUGGCAGCCGUGUUCACUUUGGGCCCACGACGCUCCAGACGACUCUGCCCUACAAGGACCACAUCAACCCGUCCGACUGGAACAAGCUUGAUGGCUUCCCCAUUAUUCCUGCAAUGACCACCUAUCUUGCCGAUGCUGUGCUCGACGCCACGGUUCCGCGUACCUGGAACGAAAGCGUGUCGCUCAGCCCCGACUGCCCGACCGUCAUCAUCAACGCCGAUACGCUCGAGCACCUGCCCCACUUUGUCGAGCUGGAUAUGAGCACCGACCUGACCAGCCGACGCCUCUUGAUGAUCUGGCCGCUGAAGGCUCUCGAUUUCAACACGCGCUACAUUGUGGCCGUUCGCAACAUUCGCAACACGACCAUGCAGCUGGUUGCCCCGUCGUUCGGCUUCCAGGCGCUGCGUGACAACAUCUCCACCGACAACUACGACAUUGAGGGCCGCCGCGAUCUGUUCAAGGACAUUUUUGCCCGUUUGGCGUCCGCAAACGUCCCCCAGUCCAACCUCCAGAUUGCCUGGGACUUUACGACCUCCAGCAAGGAGAGUGUCACUGGCGAUCUUGUCUUUAUGCGCGAUGAUGCGACUGCCCGCAUUCCCGCCAACGGACCCACUUACACCAUCACCAACAUCACCGACAACUUUUCGGCAGACAUGUACCGCCGAAUUCUGGGCACGAUGAACGUUCCGCUGUACAUGACGGCUCCGACGCCCGGCACGUACAUUGUGCGCGACGAGAACGGCACCCCGCUCUACCAGAAGCUGACUCCCGUGCCGUUCGAGGUGCUCAUCCCGCGCAGCCUCGUGACGAACGGCACCACGGGUCCCAUUCUGCAGUACGGCCACGGUUUGUUUGGCGACAUGUCUGAAAUCGAGCAGGGCUACCUGCAGGACGAGGCCAACGAACACGGCUACGUGAUGGCCGCCACCAACUGGUGGGGUCUGUGCGACGAAGACGAGCCGUACGUGAUUGCCAUGAUUGCGGGCAACAUGUCGGACUUUCGCUUUGUGCCCGACCGCCUGAAACAGGGCAUGACGAACGCGCUGAUGCUCAUGAAGGUCAUGAAGGGCGCGUUCGCAAGCGACCCCGCUGUCACUUUCAACGGCAAGUCUGUGAUUGACCCCACCCGCCGCUUCUACAAUGGCAACUCUGAGGGCGGUAUUUUCGGCCACGUCUACAUGGCGGCCAGCCAGGACGUCGAGCGUGGCGUGCUUGGCGUGAUGGGCGGUCCCUAUGGCUUGCUGCUCCCGCGCAGCGUGGACUUUUCCAAGCUGUUCGACAUUGUCAAGGCACGCAUUCUGGACUCGAUCGACCGCAUCAUGCUUCUCUCAGUGCUGCAGAUGCAAUGGGAUGGCGCAGAACCCGCCGGCUACCUCGACUCGAUCGUGAACAACCCCCUGCCCAACACCAAACCCAAGGUGGUCAUCCAGCAGUACGGCCUCGGCGACGCGCAGGUCAACUAUCUCGGAGCCUACACAGCUGGCCGAUCGGUCGGCUCCAAGAUGUUCAUCAACAACGUCCGCGAGAACAACGAGACGCUCUUUGGGUUUGAGUACAUCACUGGCCCAACCACCGAAAGCAUUAUUCAGGGCUACGACUUUGGCGUGCCCGUCGUUCCCAUGCAAAACACGCCCCCGUCCGCUGCCACCGACACGCACGAGCUUCCACGCCGCGAUCCUCGUGCCCAGGCCCAGAUGGCCGAGUUCUUUGCGACCGGCACGAUUGUUGAUCACUGCAACAAUGUAGGAUGUCAGCCCUUGAAGCCAACCUAUGAUUUUGGCGUGUGA